AUGGGUAAAUAAAAAUUGAAUGAAAAAUAAAGUUCAAGUUAGCCUAAAUUAAAAAUUGAAAAAAGCAUAAGCAAAGAGUAGGUUUAGGAGUAGGAUGGUGCUAUUAAUAUUUCAGAAGUUACAGAAAUAACCUGUAGUAUUUGUUACUCCUCUAUAGCAGAUCAAGGAAUUAUUAAAAACUGUAAACAUACAUAUUGUUUCUAAUGUAUUUAAAAAUGGUCAGAGUAGAAUCUUACAUGUCCUUAAUGCAGAGCUGAUUUUACAAAAGUGAUAAGAAUUAGGAAAGUAGGUUAGAAAGCUAAAAAGAAAACUUACAAAUUUAAAUAACCAAAAUAAAGUAAUGACACAUCGCUCAACAUCAAUUUGAUACAAUACUAUACUUAAUUACUAUUUUUAAUGUUUGAAAUAUAUUAAGAUAGUGACAGGGAAUGA